GAAAUAUUUGAAACGCGAAUAUAAGUACGCAUACAGGAUUUCCGUAAGCCACGCAAUCACGUCACACAAACGGUUAUAAAUGGUAAGGAUAGACAAUUAUUAAACAAAACUUAAGCGUGCAAAUAAGAAAAGACUACAAAUGGCACAACCAUUUUUUAACAACGGUCAUUAUCACUGCGAAAAUCUAAAACAUGUAGCCUUGUGCUUAAAACAACUUAUUCAAGAGCAUCAUCAGAAAGUUAUCGAAACAGUUAUCUCACAAAAUCAAGAACAAACUAACAACAUUACACGAAGUGUAAUUGGGGCAAAUCGAACGCUUGUUCAUAAUCUUAGAGGAAAUCAACCAGAUUUGCGCAAGUUUCUAGUAGCUGUUCUCAUUAUUCUUGUGACAGUUGUUGUACAUUUUAUGAUGACUAAUGGCCCCUCUCCUUCAAUCCACAUCAAGUUUCAAUGUAACAAUCAUCAAAAAGAUUCAGCACCGUGUGUAAAGUAUGACUGGAUGCAUUUCAAGGAUAAUGGCAUAAUUUAUGUAGCCCUGUUUCCCGUUACAGUGGAGAAAAACGCUUUUGAAGAUAACCGGAAAAUGGGGUACUUCAAACAUCAUAUAUAUGUUCAUUAUGUGCAUAUAAUCUUGACUGAUGACCAAUGCCACGUGAUUCUAGAGGAUUCAAAACCACAAUGUGAAAUGACGUCAGAAACACUUAAAGCUGGUUAAUCAGGGUUUUGUCAAGAAAUGGAUUUGUUUGAAAUUUGAACAAAUGAUCAUUUAAACUUAAUUAUGUUCACUGAGUGCUUAAAACAUGUUAGAUUUUCACUCAAGGUCUUGUUAAAAUUUGAUUUUCCUAUCCUGGUUCCAAAACCAAUAUAGAGACACUUAAGCAGAAGUAUAAAUUUGAUAAACAUAUUUUGUCUGAUGAAUAUUACGAAUAUGAUAAAAGUGUAAUUUUGCAUUGACAUUUAUACUUUAGCUGAAAUUCAAUAGAAAUCCAAGUUUAUUAAAUUUAAUCGUUAUUACCACCCUUGGGCAAGCAAGAUAGGUCUGGAAAGCUACAAUUUCAUCCUGUUUGGUUAAGGUUGUUGAAAUAUCCCAAUAUCAAUCAAAUAAAAAUGUAAAACAAGAAACCAGAAAUACGUUGCUUUUUUAAAUACUUUUAUAUUAAAGGGACGUAAUUACAUACUGAGCAAUCAACUUCUAGUUCUACACAGCGCAAAACAUUUUUAUUUAAACUUAGUUUCUUUGAGAAAUGUUAUUAAAAAUUUGACUUUAAAGACCCACCGUGACCUAGUGACCUACUUUUUUAUCUACAAAACAUCAUGCAAACCAUUCUCAUGAUACAGGUAAUAUACAGCUAUACUACAAGUUUUCAAAUUAGGCCCUUUCCUGAAUAAAUGUGUUUUUAUAACUUCCUCUGCAAACAUAUUCAGUCAAUCUCUUUUCAGCAUAGUUUCAAAAAUACAUAUGAAUAACUAUCUUACAUUGUAGAAACAAUAAGUGAUUGAAAUUUAACUAGAUACACUGAUUUCUGUUCAUAUUGCUACAAUAAUUCAAUAAAAUGUUAAGACAUUACACACAUUGUCUUGGCCUAAUAUAUGUCACUGCCAGUUUGUAACUAAAUACUUGUGUAUCUCAUUUUUCAUGCCAAUCAUAAUAACUAACAUCAUUGAAAUAUCAAAGAAUGGUGCGUCUUUAAUUAUAGAAAUAAAGCGUAUGAGGAAACGGG